AUGGAUGGAAUUUUGAGAAUUAAGAACCCGAGGGGAAAAGAUGGUUCAGGAGAUUAUGUUUUGAGGACUGUGUACGAUGGGCAUCUUAAAGGAUUGGGGCUAAGCAAGAGCUACCGUCCUUACAAUUGGCCACAAGUUUUGAGUCCAAACAUGAAGUUACACAGAAGUCCAGAACUCCAAGCCCAUUACUGGCUGAACCCAUGGCAUGAUUAG